AUGGCUGAGCAGCUGCAGGUCGCCCUUGGUCUCAGAGAUGCAGUGAAGCGAUGGUGCUUGUUUCCCGCGCCAUCAAAAGGGCCUACAGGCCCGUCAUCUAGCCUGACCAAUCCGGAGCGUUAUCUUCCGGUCGGGGGGUUUCUAGACCAGCUGUUGCUGGUGGGAGCUCUGAAGGAGGCUGGUGCGGCGCCACUGCCUACGCAUCUUUUCCCAGAGGAGGCAGCAGGCCACCAGGACUCCGAGGACUUCGGCUCCCCACUUUCUCCUGUUCAAACACCCAGCUCACGUAGCCGCUGCAGCACCUUCCGCAGCGACUUCGACAGCCACUCAGCUCCUGUGUCCGCUCUGCAGGAAGGGCCAUUCCCCUUGCGGCACCCGCAGGAGAGGGCCGAACAAACGGCCUCAGUCGCUGCUGACGCGCAGCCCUCAAUAGAAUCUCAGCGGAGCCUCGCGACCCCGCGGAAGGGCCAGAUUAGGUGUGCUUCUCUCCAGUCAGAGUCUCAGCUUCGCACGGAGGGGCGCGAGGCUUCAUCUGCAACGUUGAAAGCUCUUCUGGUGCCACCCAAGACGCAUCUGCCUUCCUCUUGCGCUGAACAAACGCAAGAGCCCGCGGGAGAUGCAACAAAGGCCGACGAGAACUUCACUUCUGCGGACCAGCAAAAAUGCAGGCAGCACCAGCAGCGGCCGUCCCACACGGCGAAGCAGCCCAAGUCAGCCGCAGCGAAACUAAACACAGAUAAGGGCACGAAGCGAAGAUCAGAAUCACAUGGAGCUCUUCGAGGAAUGUACUCAGAGGCAACUGGGACGCCAGCUCCAGCAGUUACAAGAGGGCCAGCCCCAAGUCUGCAACUCACAAGGGAUUCGGCAGUUCGUGCUGAGGGGCCGCCUCAAAAGCGGCAGGCUGUUGGGAGGCGUCGAGGGGAGGCUGCAGCUCUUAUCCGCAGCAGCAGCGUCAAUAGUGGCGGUCUGAAGGGUGCAGCAGCUGGGGUCCAAAAAACAGCUUCUGCAACUAGAGGCGCUUCUGCUGGGGCGUUGCACAGCACCGGUUGCAGGAUAAACACUACAGCAAAACUUUCGCACGUCAAAUCGAAACAGCCCUCCCAGGUGCAAACUCAGGAGCGGCAGCAGCAGCAGCAGCAGCUUGAAGGCUCUCUUUCGUCACCAGCGUGUCAGUCUUUACCGUUCAUGGAAAGCUCAGGCGACAUUGAAGUGGACAGUGCAACAAAAAGUGCCGCUGCUGCUGCUGCACUUGCAGCUGCUCGCUGCAGCAGCGCUCAAGAUAGUAGCCAGGACCCGCUAAGUGCGUUCGCCGCCGAAUGGCUGCUGGGUUGCCAGCAAAGACUUCUCGCAGCGAGUGGAGAGGCACCAGAGAGACCUGCAAACAGCAGCUCCGGCGAUCGGAUACCUGAGGCGGCUCGGCCCGUGCCUAUUGCAGGUGGCUGUCCUGGGAGGCAAGGGGAUCUUCACAAGCUGCAGAUCACAAAGAAAAGGCUGAAGCAGGAACUCAGGGCGUACAACACCGCUUUUGCCUCAUACUUUGGACGCCAACCGCUAAAGCAAGAUAAGGAGCCGCUCAGGCCAUUGUACAUGCAUUACCAGCGUAUUAAACAAUGCAUAGAGCAUCUAAUGGCAGCAGAAGGAAACGGGCACACUGCUGUUGAAAGUGAUACGCCAAACGCAGUAGAUGCCGCCGCAUCACAGACUGCCACCGCAAGUGCUGCCACCAGUACGCGACGCAAAAGUCCUAGCGCCAGUUCUUCCCCAACAACAAAUUCCCCAACGUGCGCCAUGAAGAGGCUCAGGAAGAGCCGAAGUCUGCGUCUUGCAGACGGCCUCAGCCCCAAGGCAGCCCAACGACUAGGGAACAGCGGUGGCGGGCAUAGGUCACCUGUAAUUGCCAAAGAGAAAUCAUGGAGUAAGCUCUCUGCCUAUGACAGGCAGCAGCUUUUGCAACAGAAACGGGAAGAAAUGACAUUUCAGCUGCACCAGCUGAAGCGGGAACGCCGCUUGCUAGGUGACAAACUUGCAGCAUAUCACCUUCGCUUUAAACAGGAACACGGCAGGCCCCUGAGGCUGAAGGCUGACAUUACGCCUGUCCAGGAAGAAUACAAGCUGUAUGUAGAAACUACGAGACAGCUUGACGCCUUGGCAUUUGCUUUGCAAAACCAGCCGUUAUGA